CAAAAUAAAAGCGAUUAUAAUUAAAUAUCUCUCCGCCAAAGUCUGUGCCGGGUAAAGCCGAAAUAAAAACCCAUUUUUUAAUACAGAGCCGCGCAUCGCUGCUGGAGGCCGGCGGCAGGGGAAGAAUAGUCCGGAGCGGAGCGCUUAUAUAUCUCUUUAUCUGAUCAGAUCUCUAAAGAAUUAGGUCUCCAAAAUCUGAUGCAAGAGCGCGCAGUGGAGUACGAAUCAAAUUCGAAGAGCAAGCGCGCGGCAAUCGGCGAGCAACUAAGGAAGGAAAGCCCCAAGACCGAUAAGCAGAGGAGAAGGAAUCUGGACGAAGAGUCUGAGGAGGCGGAGAUGCCGGCAACGGAUAUGACUGACGAAUCUAUUCCUUUCUCGAUAGAGGAGAUCGUGCAAUAUCCUCUUCCUGGCUAUACGGCGCCGUCGUCGAUCAGCUUCAGUCACGACGACCGACUGGUAUCGUACUUGUUCAGCUCCGAUGGAACGCUUUACCGCAAGAUCUUCGCCUUCGAUCUCGCGAAUCGCCGUCAGGAGCUCGUCUUCAGCCCUCCGGGCGGCGGUGGGCUGGACGAGAGCAAUCUCUCAUCUGAGGAAAAGCUGAGGAGAGAGAGGUUGAGGGAGAGAGGGCUUGGCGUGACUAGAUAUGAGUGGAGGGGGACUAGCCCUCACAUCGCUGGAAAAGCCAGUAUAAUGGUUCCCUUGCCUUCAGGAAUAUAUUUUCAGGAUAUAUCCGGUUCGGAGCCAGAAAUUAGGCUUCGGAGCUCUCCGGAGUCUCCGAUCAUUGAUCCGCACCUGUCCCCGGAUGGGACUAUGGUCGCUUAUGUUAGGGAUGACGAACUUUAUGUUCUGGAUUUGGUAAACGGGGAGCCAAAGAAGUUGACCGAUGGUGCAAGAGUAGGUGGAAAGACUCAUGGCCUUGCUGAAUAUAUUGCACAGGAAGAGAUGGAUAGAAAAGCAGGAUUCUGGUGGUCACCCGAUAGUAGAAACAUUGCAUUUGCAGAAGUUGAUUCAUCUGAAAUUCCUUCUUUUAGAAUUAUGCAUCAGGGCAAAAGUUUCGUUGGUACAGGCGCACAGGAAGACCAUCCAUACCCCUUUGCUGGAGCUUCUAAUGUAAAAGUUCGGAUUGGAGUAGCUUCAACCUGUGGGGAAAGGAUCACUUGGAUGGAUCUUCUUUGUGGAGGGAAAGUUAGUGUGGAUCAUGAGGAUGAAUAUUUAGCUAGAGUCAAUUGGAUGCCUGAUAAUGCUCUGAUGGUUCAGGUUCUCAACAGAUCUCAUACCAAAUUGAAAAUUUAUAAGUUUGAUAUUGGGACUGGACAAAAGGAACUUGUGUUGGUAGAAGAACAGGAUAUAUGGAUAAAUUUGCAUGAUUGUUUCACGCCUCUAGAUAAGGGAGAGAAAAAGUUUCCUGGGGGCUUUAUCUGGGCUAGUGAUAAGACUGGCUUCAGACAUCUUUACCUUCAUGACAAGAAUGGAGCUUGCCUGGGGCCAAUCACACAAGGAGAUUGGAUGGUUGAGCAAAUUGUAGGUGUUAAUGAGAGUGCUGGUCUAAUUUACUUCACUGGGACUAUGGAUGGACCUUUGGAAUCUAAUUUGUACUGCACCAGCCUCUUCCCAGACUGGAACCUUCCCCUACAAUCGCCAAGGAGGCUAACUCAUGGCCAGGGAAAACAUACUGUUAUUCUUGAUCAUCAGAUGCAAAGGUUUGUUGAUGUUCAUGACUCUUUAAACAUUCCACCAAGGGUAUUACUUUGUUCUCUGCGUGAUGGGAGCUUAAUAAUGCCCUUGUAUGAGCAGCCACUGAUUAUUCCAAGGUUCAAGAAGCUUCAGCUUUCUCCGCCAGAAAUAAUCCAGAUUUCGGCUAACGAUGGAACCAUUCUCUAUGGCGCUCUGUAUCAACCUGAUGCAGAAAAAUAUGGACCACCUCCUUAUAAGGCACUAAUUAGUGUCUAUGGUGGUCCAAGUGCCCAGUUUGUUUGCAAUUCAUGGAUAAAUACAGUUGACAUGAGAGCACAGUACCUGAGGAGCAAAGGAAUUCUUGUGUGGAAGCUGGACAAUAGAGGAACUGCGAGACGAGGACUUAAAUUUGAGAGCUUUUUAAAGCACAACAUCGGCCGUUUCGACACAGAAGAUCAGCUCACUGGUGCUCAAUGGCUCAUCAAACAAGGGCUCGCUAAACCCGGCCAUAUAGGUAUCUACGGUUGGAGUUAUGGCGGUUUCCUCUCUGCCAUGAGUCUGGCAAGGUUUCCCGAUACAUUCUGUUGUGCCGUGUCCGGCGCUCCCGUUACUGCAUGGGAUGGCUACGACACAUUCUACACCGAAAAAUACAUGGGCUUACCGUCGGAUAAUAAGGAGGGCUACAGCUAUGGUUCCAUCAUGCACCAUGUGCACAAUCUAAAGGGAAAGCUGCUAUUAAUUCAUGGCAUGAUCGAUGAGAACGUGCAUUUCAGGCACACUGCUAGACUCAUCAAUGCACUUAUCGAGGCGGGAAAGUCCUACGAGUUUCUCGUCUUCCCGGACGAACGGCAUAUGCCUCGUCGGCUACGAGACCGUGUUUACAUGGAAGAAAGGAUUUGGGAGUUUAUUGACAGGAACUUAUGAGAAAGUGCCAAAAAAAAUUUUCAUUCAAGUUAAUCUUUUGUUAA